AUGAGAGAAUCGGAAGAUUUGGCGCGCAGUAAUGGAAUAUCUAGUAGUAUCCGGCUGGAAUAUAUGUCUGGGCUACAAAUACAGCUUUUGCAAAUUGUGGAAAUUGAUGAGAACUCAAUUCCCAGCGGUGAAGAUCACGGGAAAGGUGCGGGAAAGCAGAACACUCUGUCGGCGUUCCGACCCCGCGGCAAUCACGUUCCUCACCAGCGAGGUCUCCACCUUCACACACAUCCUCGCCACCACCCCACCCUCAACCUCCCCUCCCUUGGCUCCUCGGACACGCAUCUCUCCGCCGCCCUCUCCGCCGCCCGCUGCACGCUCACCGACCUGCAAAGCGAGCUCGCUAGAAUGACCGCCGGCGGAGGCGCCCGCUUCUGGGAGCGCGUGAGGUAUGCGAGUGCUGAGAGCACGCUGACGGCGCUGGUGGGCAGGCUGGGCUGCCAUAAGCUUAGGCUGCUGCUGUGUCUAAAUUUCUUGACGAGGUUGAGUCUCUUCCCCUGUUCCAUGAAGCGUGGAGAGGACUGUGCAGCUUAG